AAUGUGCGUCCUGCUCUAUUUAUGUCUCUCAGGAGCUGCGCCCGCUAAGCGCCCGGGGGCUGCCCGCUAGGGGCUCCGGGCAGCGGCUCCAGGCUGGCGGCUGCAGGUCGCCGGAGCGGUCAGAGGGGGGAGCGAGCGAGCGGGACAGACUGUGCACGGAGCUCCGGUGCCAGAACCUCCCCAGUUCAGGGAGACCAGGAGGGAGCCAGCCCGGCACUUUCCUUUCGGCAGCGGGGAGGAGCAGCCGCUGCGCAGGCGUCUCUCGCACCCUGUUGAUUAGUCAGUGCUGGGAUGGCGUUUCCUGGGCCAGCCGCAGCUGCGAGCCGAGCGGGGAGCAGCCCCGGGGGGCUGGAGGAGCAGCCGCAGCCGCUGGGCGGGUGUCACCUUGCGCUUCGCCAAGCCUAGCAUGUCCCGGGGAAGCGGAGGUGGAGGUGGAGGCGGCGGCAGCAGUUGCAGCCGCCGCUGAGCAAGGCGAGCUCCGUCCUGUUGGCUGCAGCACCCCGCCGGGCAGGAGCCGCCGCCGCCGCCUGCCAGCCUGACUCCCCCUCCCCGCGCCCGGAGGCGGAAGGGAAGAUGGACCCGGGCCCCUCGCUGGGCUCCAGUCUCAAGGAUGUGAAGUGGAGCGCGGUGGCCGUCCCCUUGGACCAGCUGGUUAGCACCUACCGGCUGCCCCAGCUCGUGCGGCUGGACAGCGGAGACCCUGUAGAAGGCCUUCGAGAGAAUGAUUACCUUGUGAUUCAUUCAUGCCGGCAGUGGACAACAAUUACAGCUCAUAGUCUGGAGGAGGGUCAUUAUGUCAUAGGGCCAAAGAUAGAAAUCCCUGUACAUUAUGCAGGGCAGUUUAAGCUGCUGGAACAAGACCGAGAUAUUAAGGAGCCAGUGCAGUAUUUUAACAGUGUGGAGGAGGUGGCUAAAGCAUUUCCUGAACGAGUUUACGUCAUGGAGGAAAUAACAUUCAACGUUAAGGUGGCUUCGGGUGAAUGCAAUGAAGACACAGAGGUUUAUAAUAUCACCCUCAGCACUGGGGAUGAGCUCACUUUAAUGGGACAAGCGGAAAUCCUUUAUGCAAAAACGUCCAAGGAAAAGUCACGACUCAACACCAUCUUCAAGAAAAUUGGGAAACUUAAUUCCAUCAGUAAGCUAGGCAGAGGCAAAAUGCCAUGUCUCAUCUGCAUGAACCAUAGGACCAAUGAAAGCAUUAGCCUUCCUUUCCAGUGCAAGGGCAGAUUUAGCACCCGCAGUCCACUUGAGCUACAGAUGCAAGAAGGCGAGCACACAAUUCGCAAUAUAGUAGAAAAAACAAGGUUGCCUGUUAAUGUAACUGUGCCAAGCCCCACACCAAGAAACCCUUAUGACUUGCAUUUUAUCCGUGAGGGGCAUAGAUACAAGUUUGUCAACAUUCAAACCAAGACUGUGGUGGUUUGUUGUGUGCUGCGUGGUAACAAAGUUAUUCCAAUGCAUUUUCCCUUGCACUUGAUUCUUCCAAAGUUUAGCCUCCCAGAGAGUCUUGUGAAGGGGGAGCUGUGGCAUGAAACCUUGGUCCAGCACUGGUUUAAUAUCUGCCAGGAACAGUUUGACAUAGAUGAAUAUUCCCGUGCAGUGCGAGAUGUGAAAACUGACUGGAAUGAAGAUUGUAAGAGCCCUAAGAAAAGUCGAUGCACUGGGCACAAUCAUGUGCCCAAUUCUCUCAGCUAUGCCCGGGAUGAACUAACGCAGUCCUUUCACCGGCUCUCAGUUUGUGUUUAUGGCAACAACUUGCAUGGAAAUAGUGAAGUGAACCUUCAUGGGUGCAGAGAUUUGUGUAGCGAGUGGGCCCUGUUUUCUCAUGAUGCUCUUCAAUACCAGGACUCUGGUGAUAGUAGCAGUGACUACCUUUUUCCUGAAGUUAGUGAAGAAUCAAUGUUUCUACCUGCAAAACCAGAUCUCCCUUAUGAAGAACUGUGGCUGGACCAAGAAUCUGGGAAGCCUAACGAUCAGCCUCUUACUCGCUCACUAAGUGAAAAAACCAAAUGUGAUAAUUACAGAAGUUCUUUCCGGUCAAAGGGCGGCACUGCAUCUCUUCCUAUACCUGGAACUCUAGCAGCAGCAACAAAAUCUUCAGAUGUUUCCCUACCUCCACCUCCGGUGCCUCCCAAAUCAGAAGCUGUAAGAGAGGAAUGCAGGCUCCUCAAUGCUCCACCUGUUCCACCACGAAGUUCAAAGCCCUCGUCCACCAGUCCUUCCAUUCCUCCUCGCACAAUCAAACCAGCACGGCAACAGACUCGUUCUCCUAGCCCUACGCUGUCUUACUAUUCUUCAGGACUGCACAACAUCAUCACAGAAGGUGACGCAACAAAUCCACCUGAGAGUGCCCCUGUUUCUUGCUACCCUUGCAACAUGAUGAAAACCGAAUCAAAAGAGCCUGACAGCAAAAUGCCUUUUGGAAGCCCUUCAGCUGAAGCUCUGUCUUCUAGGUUGUCCUGGCCAAACCAUUUUUCUGGAGCUGCCGAAGGCUUAAACAGGAACGAUUUUCUGCUGGAUCCAAGCAGGAGUUAUAGUUAUCCAAGACAGAAGACUCCAGGCACACCAAAGAGAAACUGUCCAGCCUCUUUUACUUUUGACUUCGAUGGGUGUGAACUCCCUGCUGGGUACACACAGUUGGCCACAACAGAGUUCAGCAACACCAUCUCCAGUUGUCCAAAGUCAGCAAGCUACUCUUUAGAAUGCACUGAUGAGAAAAAUCUGGCCGUCAGCAAUGCAAAGCAGAGUCAUUCGUGCCCUGCCUUACCUCCUCGUGCGCCAAAAUCCAAUGAUGAGAAGCCAGUUCUAGACACUUGUCCUCUGCCUCUGAAAAUAGACGGUGCAGAGGAAGAAUCUCAGACUGGUUCGCCAGACCUCUCAGUAGAUCAAUAUCCUGUUAAAAAGGACAUGCAGAAUGUUUUCUCUGUUUCUUACCCUUUUUCGUCUCCCCUUCACCUUCAGUUAGCACCAAGAUCAUGUGGCGAUGGCUCUCCCUGGCAACCACCUACAGACCUUUCUGGGCUCUCAAUAGAGGAAGUAUCUAAAUCUCUGAGGUUUAUUGGUUUAUCAGAAGAUGUCAUAUCAUUCUUUGUUACAGAGAAGAUUGAUGGCAAUUUACUCGUUCAGCUUACAGAAGAGAUCCUUUCUGAGGACUUUAAGCUAAGCAAAUUGCAGGUUAAGAAAAUACUGCAGUUCAUUAAUGGCUGGCGGCCGAAGAUGUAGUCCAGUGAUUCUGACUGAUGUUUAAUGAAACUGUGUGAGAGACGUGCUAGAAAUGCUGGGGCUAGUACGUCGUUUCCUGUUUUUGCACUAAAAGCCCUUUCUGUAAAUAAUAGUGGAAGAAAUUCUUACUAUGCAGAUAAAGUUUUAGAGUGGUGAACAGAUUUUUAUAUGUCAAUAAAAAUGUAGAGAACCCAUAGAGGUGUGCCUUGUGCAUCACCGAACAUUCAGCAGCUGCUAAAAACUGGACGUUAAGGGAAUUAAUUUUUACUCAUGUAGUCUGUCAAGACAUAGUAUUUAUUACUGAACAAUUAAUAUGAAAGACCACACACAACUCCAGUUUACAGUUUUGUGUUAACAGCAAGAAAUGGAUUUCUUUUGAGGUUAUUUCUGUUCAGAUUAUUGGCAACAUGCCAUGACUUAGUUUUUCCUUUUCUACUGUUAAUAAAGGAUAUGAUCAAACCUAUAAAAUAUCA